AUGGGAUAAUGCGUAUGUUCUGAGAAAGUAAUAGUACUAAGUGAGAUUCCACCACUAGAAUACACUGAAAAGGUUGAAGUCAUAAAAGAGCCCUUUGCUAUAUUAGAUGAACCAUUAAUCUAAGAUGAUUUAGAUAAAAUACAAUCUCAAGCAAAAACAAGAUAAACAGAGGGUUCAAUGAUUUUUGAGCUUAAUAGAGUAAGUUAGAAGGAUACAAAGAUGAACAGUGAAUAGUUUUAGUUACCUUCUGAAAAAGUGAAGGUAUUCUUAUUUAAUUAUUAAGGAACUAUUAGAUAAAUUAGGUCCUUUUGUAAUAGAAAGUGAUGAAACUAGUAACUAAUAGGUAUUAGAUUAAAAAAUGUAAAUGUCUUAUCAAUAAGAUUUGUUAGAGUAUGUAAAGAAUGAAAAAGGUAAGAUAUCAGUUGCAAAAUUAAGUAGGUGUAGAAAUAAUGAAAAAUGGAUCUCUAUAUGAAGGUUAAUUUAGUGAAGGAUAAGCAAAUGGAAAAGGAAGGAUGAUAUAUUGUGAUGGUGAUUAUUAUAUUGGAGAUUGGGUUGAUGAUUAACGUAUUUGUAAAUGAUAAAAAUGAGAUCAUGGAUAUGGAGAAUAUUACCAUUUUGAUGGCACUUUGUAUCAAGGUUAAUGGUUCUAAAAUUUAUAGCAUGGUGAAGGAUUUGAAUUGUUUUUAGAUUAAUCUACAUAUAAAGGGGAUUUCUAAUUUGGUAAAAGAUCAGGAUAUGGUGUAUAUAAUUAUUGUGAUGGAUGUGUAUAUAAGGGAGAAUUUAAGAAUAAUUAAUUUAAUGGGAAUGGGUAUAAAAUAAAAGAUUAAUUUAGAAUAUUUGAAUGGCCUGAUGGAAGAGUAUAUUAAGGAGAAUGGAAGAAUGAUAAAAAAGAUGGAAAAGGUAAAAUGAUAUGGUCUGAUGGAACUAUAUAUGAUGGUGAAUAUAAAAAUGAUAAAAAACAUGGAUUCGGCAUAUUAACAUGGCGUAAUUUUGAUGGAAAUUUAGAUAGCUGAUCUUAGAUAGUAUAAGGGAUAAUGGGAGAAUGGAAAAUAAAAUGGAGUUGGAGAAUAUAGAAAUAUUUAAUAAGGAAGUAGAAAAGGACAUUGGGUUAAUGGAAAAAGAGUUUUAUGGUCCGAUUGA